GCCGGGAACGCCGGCAAAAGUCGUGGGGCAAAGCGACUGUUUUCCGCGGUCCGGUUUCACGAGUAACCUUGAUCCUUUCGUAUCGAGUCGUACGUGACAGGCAUCAUCGUUCGCGUCGAGUCUGCUACUGGGUGAACCGAACCGGUUAGUGUCGAUCGAAGCAUCGUCGAGGCAACAACGAGCGAGAUAUCCCUUAGCGAGUUUUCGAAUCGUCGGAGUUUUUUGUGCGACGAAGAUGAAGACGUACGUUACUAUCGUCGUUGCGUGCCUCAUCGCGUGUGCGCACACUCUUCCAAGUGCGCGACGCGAUGAUGACUCAUUGGAGGAUUUUGAUAGUUUUGAGUUCAGCUUUCCGGACGCGAACUUCUUUGCUGACGCUUUGAAGAGGAUGAGGGAAAGUUUUAUGGACUAUUUCUGGCAUAUACCCAUUUUGACGGACGUUCCAGAAGGAGCGAAUACAACUUCCACUACUAAGAUCAUUAAUGGUCAUGUGGUAACGAUCAACGAGACGACUUACACAUCGGGUGACGAAAACGGCGGCACCGCAUUCCGAAUUCGCAUAAUCGACGUGAAACCGGAAAAUGACACUCUACAGAUCGGUGGCGAAAAUACGGAGCCGACAACGGUGAAGGUGGAAGCGACAGGAAGUGCUGAGACGGUCGAGGACUUCGCCAACGAGAUACCGAAUAAAACAGACGUACUGACCGCUUAAAAAAAGCGGUCGGUCGUUCAUAGUCGAUACGUCGAUAUAAUCCGGUGUAUCGGGGCUAAAGUUCGAAGACGAGGAAACGACCCUUCAUUACGUGGCUGUAGUAGAAUAACUUUUCGAUAUCGCACCGAGUGCAUCGUAUUAAAGUAACAUUAUUGUAAUAUAUAGUUGUGUUUCUAUUGUUUUCUAUAUAUUUUUUUUCAAUACGAUUGAUUGUUUACGACGUUUACCUGCGUCCUUUUGAAACAAGAGAGAAUUAAAGAGAUUGCUGCCGCUGAAAAAAUAAGCUUGGAUAUAGUAUUUACGAAGAUGUACGGAUUAUAUAUAAAUUGAAAAAAAGUUAA